UCGUUUUCAGUUGGGAUAUAAGUAGCUUAUUAAGCGAGGCACGUACGCUGAUACGACCAGUGCCGGCAGGUCAAAGCUGUUAGCAGGAGGAAGACCCCAACGAAUUACAACUUGAAUGGGAAAACAAACAAACUUUAGAAAGAAUGUCUUUAAUAGUACUGUUUUUGUUACACCAAAUAUUUUUUGGGUACGGUAGGGCGAAACAUUUAUUAAUAAUCAAACGACUUAACAUUCGGAAUGAAACAGUAGAUCGUUUCGACGUGACAGGAUUGUCUGAGAGGGCUUCAUGCGUAGAAAAAUGCGGCAAUUUUAACACAACAGUGGAUACCCAUCGCACUGAACAAUGUGCAUGCGUCUGUUCUCGUCAAGCGGCGACACUUGGGAGAGAGAAUGGUGCCUGGCAUUGCAUCGACAAUAGAGUGAUUCGCGAGAAGGAAUUAACCGAUUGCAGGAAAACAUAUUUUACUGGUGAAAACGAUGCAGACCCUUUGAAACUGUUUAAAGAAAAUGAUUAUCUGAAGAUUAAGACCGACACAAAGUGUAGUGAUCAAGAAGCACGCCUCAGUUAUCAAGAAUGCGACGGUAACUUUAUUCUGCAGAAAGAAAAGUCUGGCUGGCAUCUUACGAGUCUAUGGACAGAUUCACGCCGUGAUCUGACUCUGAAGAUGAAUGACGAUGGCCUCGAGGAUUUUCACGGGAAAGUGAUAAAACUAGUCAUUCCGUGUGAAAAUCCUAAGGAAUUGUGUUUACUCUUCAAGAUUGCCGGGGAGAUGAAAUGUCCUCUAAACAAUAUUUCGAUACCCAAAUCACCUUUACCGACCGCAACCGUAGUGAAACGUUUAUCAUCUGAGAUGGUCGUCAGCACUCCAGAUUCUAGAACCUCAAAGAAGAGUGUAUCUUCAACCAAACCCAAUCCGAAAGCUUCUAUGGCGACUAACCCAAUUCUCAGGGUUACUGACUCCCAAGAGCACAAUUGGAAACGUAACAAAGACAGUGAGACAAUUAAAGGGGCUUCACACAAACUGUCAAUUCCUUUGGUCUCUGUUAUUGCGGGCGGAGCUGCAGUCGUAUUUCUGGUCUCUCUGUUCACUGGUUUGCUUAUUUACAGGAAACGAAAUGAAAAGAAUUCUCAUAAGUCGUCGUUACCCGUAAAACGAAAGACAACGCGUGCAGAUAACGACAAUGACCAAAACAGGUACGCCGGAGAGAAGCCAAUAUACCAAAGUCUUUCUCCAUUGGAAAACGGCGACUUACCAAGAGGUGUAUAUGUGCAACGUUAUAAGGUUCCUGAGGCUGCUUCCCGACGAAUCUCUGAGGAACUGUUAUUGCAUACUGGUCCCAAGGCAUCAACGGAAGAGUACGAUUAUGCGGAAUCCUGUCUAAUGGUGCGAAACAAGGGGCUAAAUGUAAGCUCCUCCAUACCAAUAAAGGCUCCUGCUAUGACAACGGAGAAUGACCCUUACUACCAUGUACUUCAGAUAGAGGAGGAUGUCCUUUCACCAGGUCCCUGCAGUGAUGCUCACAGAAUACCCGACGAAAGAGCACCUAUUCGCCUACCUCAGGAUUCGAACCUUGUCGAUUUGCCAAAAACCUUUGACAAUGACGAUGAUGAAGGCGCACAGGUAGAUAAGGAUACGGACACCUAUUACCAUAUACUGGAACCAUCAGAGUCAGAAGACCCUGAGAGCGACGGUCAAAUGGGUUCCAAUAUUGUGGCACAAUCCCCGAGUCCAAACAGUCCUGAACCCGAGGGUUAUAAACAGCUUCCAUCAGAAGGACAAGUCUACAAAGGUUACCAAGCUUUGCACAAAUACACGUACAUAACUGCUGGUGAUCCUGUAGUCAAAUGAGUAAAAUACGAGAAACUGCAGCUGCAUGGAGCCAUUUCCUCCGAAACUGCACAAAUCUGAACCGUAUUAAAAAAUAAUAGUUUCUUUUUACCGAUCACUAGAUAAAUUCAUGGAUAAAUCCUUAAAGUAAACAUUACAAUAAUUCCAAAGAUCUGUAUUAUAAAAAGAACAAACAAUAUUCGACUCUCUGUCGUAAAAUUUAGCGCUGUAACUUUGCUCGUCCUAUAAUCCAGCUAUGAAAAUAAUUCUGGUUUAGCACGACGAAUAAACCAAAGACGAGGCUGCAACUUCACAAUUUCUGAAUUCGUCUCUAGCCCAGAAUGAAUUUUUUAGUCGAAAUAUUCACUUUUGUUACAGGUUACAGUAAACACUUAAAGAGAAGGUUUGAUGAAUUAUAUUGUAAUAAUUAUAAAAUAGCCAAAAAUAGUGUCAGUGAUGGUUGAUAACAAUAGCCGUGAAAGCCUUCAUUGAGCAGCCAUGGCCGUGGCCCUCAGCCCAAAUCGUUUUUUUAUAGUUUUAAAUAGGAAGUACCAGCAAGAGAAUAUCAGCUUGUUAUCGGUGAUAUAGUCGUUUACAACGUUCUCAAACGUUAAAAAUUAUCUAGAAAGUCUGGAUUACGAAAGAAAACCACAUCAGAACGUUUAGUUACGUUAAAAUUAAUAUUGAAAUAUUGUAUCUUUGUCAAAGAUAUUUAAAACAGAACAUGCCAGAACUGAACAAAACGCUGA